AUGCAAGCCAGGGGACGCACACCCAGCGCGAGUGGGAAAGGCUUUAGCUUCGAUGAUUCACAAACGAGGUUCCAAAUUGAGUUGGAGUUUGUUCAAUGUCUGGCUAAUCCAAACUACUUGAACUUCUUAGCACAACAGGGUUGUUUUGAAAAACCCGCUUUUAUCAAUUACUUACGUUAUCUGCGUUACUGGAAGGAACCCGCCUACUCCCGGUAUUUGAUCUAUCCGUAUUGCUUGCACAUGUUGGAUUUGCUUCAGUUACCGGAAUUCCGAACGGAAUUGGCUCGUGGACAGGUGUGUCGUUACAUAGACGACCAAAUCCUAUUGCAUUGGCAGCAUUACAUGCGGAAAAGAGCAGCCAUGAUUGACAAACACGUAGAAGAAUUAACGGGUGCUCCUCCCAGAUCUGGUCUCACCGACACCAUGGGAAAUAACAUGAUUGGUCCCUAA